AUGAUAAACUCGUUCCCUGCGAGGGAGCGAGUAUUCAUCACCAAGUUGACGGAGGAUCUACACCUGAGUGUGACGUGGGACGAGUUUGAUGAGGAGGACAGGAAUUUGGCGACGUGUCGGUUUCCGAGAGCGCUGGAAGAUGAGCCUGAGACGAGCGAGCAGGAGGAGGAUAGUGAGUGGGAAGACGAGGAUGAGGUUGAAGACGAGGAGAGCAGAGCAGCAGUUGAUUGUGUGCUUAAGAAGUAUGAGAAGGCGCCUGUUGAGGAUGUUGAUGCCGAUGGGACGUUUGAGGAGCGGUAUGAACGGUCUUUGAAAGAGAAGAUGGACGAGUGGAAGCGGGGUUAUUAUAAGGGGAAUCUAGGGAUAUCUUACGACGACCCGACUGAAAUGGGUGAUCCGAUCUACCGACCUGCAGUUGGUCGUGCACGUGGAGUCGCAUCGUGGGGAUGGUUCUACGACUAUCAUUACGCUCCUCGGAUUUCAGGUGUGCAUCGUCGGUUAGGAUGUUGGACGUUGCUCGUGUUGCCAAUCGCAGAUUUGCGGGGAGCGGACGAAAUGUCUUUCGAUUUUCAGCCUGGGAACGCCGUUGAAGCAGUACCAGCAGCUUAUGGGCGUGUUGCCCGUUAUCUCAUGUACGAUCCAAACUCACCGAUUCUUGACUUCUACCCUCUCGAGUUCGCGCAAGAUCUCAACGGGAAAAAGCAAGACUGGGAGGCAAUUGUCACAUUCAUUGAUGAAGAGAGGCCGCUGAAGGCAAUGACUGCUCGUGAUCAUUGUCUCACCCCCGAGGAGAGAAAAAGGAACGCUUGGGGCUCGAGCUCGAAGUUCAGUUUCAACCUUGGCGAGCCCACUCUCUAUCCUUCAUCUCUGCCUGGAUUCUUCCCCCCUCUUUAUCGAUGCACGUGCAAGACGGAGCUGUUCGACCUCCCGAUCCUUGAUGGGUUGCAUCUCAUUCCCGGUCUUUGCGACGGAGUAUUCCUCGGUACAGAAGCUCUGACUGGAUUCCCAUUAAAACGCUUCCACACACGGCGCUGCUGGGAUACCACGGCGUAA